CUGUCAAGGUGACAGAACAUAAAUUGAAUUGAAAUUAACACUUCGUUUUUAAAAUUUAAACAAUUAAUCGGAAAUACACUACGUCAAUCCUAUAGUUCGAUAAAUUAAAAUUUAAUUAUAUCGAACCAAACUUUUCACAGAUCUAGAUUCUACUCGAGCACUAGAAGAUAAAAGUUCCAACUUAAAAUGCCAAUACAUAACAGUGAGCUGACAUACAAUGGCAAAAAUCCUGGUGCAGUUAAAUUUGGUAACUUCAUCAACUAUUACUCAUUUCACCCUUCAAAGGAGAGAACAAAUAAUUUAGAUCCAAAAAUGUUUCCGCUAACAGAGAAUGAAAGAAUCAUUUGUUUAGAUAUAGGCUGCAAUACAGGAGAACUAACGAAGGAUUUAUAUUAUUAUUUAAAAAGUAUAUAUUGCAACAAAACUGUAAAACUUUUGGCUAUUGAUAUUGACCCAACUUUAAUAGAAAGGGCCAAGGAAGGAAACCAUAUCUGUGAUAUAUCUUUUCUAACUUGUGAUAUAGUAUCAGAUGCAGGUUGCCAGAUAAUACAGGAGUAUAAAGAAACACAAAAGACACUAAUGUUUGAUGUAAUUUUUUGUUUCUCUGUUACCAUGUGGAUACAUAUUAAUAAUGGUGAUGAGGAACUUAUAAAACUUCUAAACUUUCUUAAAGAUAACACAAGAUCUUUGAUCAUAGAACCGCAACCCUGGAAAUGUUACAAAAAUGCUCAGAGAAGAAUGAAGAAAUCUGGCAAAGAAUUUGAGCUGUAUGAAUUUUUGAGAAUUAGAAACAAUGUGGAUGAAACAAUAGAGGACAUCUUGAACAAUAGCACACAUACUAAAGUUUUUGAAUCUGCAUCAUCUUCAUGGAACCGAAAGAUACAAAGCUAUCACUUGAAAUCAGAUUCUGUAUAAAAAGAAAUGAUGGAUAGUAUUUUUCCAUAUAAGGACUAACUCAAGCUUUAUUAAUUUUAAACAAAAGGCUAACAUUAAGAAUCUAAAUAAGUAUGUAACAUAUGUUUAAAUAUUUAAUUACUAUUAUGUAGUUUAGUUGGUUCUUACUUAAUAAUAUCAUAAUAAUUUUAAA